GAAAUGCUUCCAAAAUGUAAAAUUAAAAACCCUUAAUUAUUACAAAUGAUUUUCUGCCUGCCCUGAUGGAAAUUUCAACUCAGUCCCUCGCUGGGUAGGACCAUUUACAAAUGAUUCUUCUUCUUUCCUAGAAUCACAAAAUUCAGCUGUGGAGGUCUCCCUCAAACUCAAUGGACCAAAUUCGCCAUAACUUCAUCCAUGUAAAUGGGCUUAAGCUCCACGUGGCUGAGAUCGGAUCCGGUCCCACAACCGUCGUCUUCCUCCACGGUUUUCCGGAGAUAUGGUACUCCUGGCGCCACCAGAUGAUCGCUGUGGCGAAAUCCGGGUUUCGAGCGAUUGUACCAGAUUACAGAGGGUACGGUCUAUCCGAACCACCACCCGAACCCGAAAAGGCCUCGUUCAGCGACGUGAUCGCCGAUCUUGUUGGUGUUCUUGGUUUCCUCGGCAUUGAUAAGGUUUUCCUUAUUGCAAAGGAUUUUGGAGUUCGGCCUGCUUAUCUCUUCACCGUUUUCCACCCAGAGUGGGUCCUUGGUGUUGUAACAGUGGGUGUGCCUUUCUUCCCCCCAGGUCCCAGUCUAUAUCAUAACUAUCUCCCUGAAGGCUUCUACAUGUCAAGAUGGCGGGAACCCGGACGAGCAGAAGCUGAUUUUGGUCGCCUUGACGCUAAAACGGUUGUACGGAAUAUCUACAUCCUCUUCUCCAAAUCUGAAAUACCAAUUGCAGCUGAAAACCAGGAGAUAAUGGAUAUGAUAGAUCCAUCUACUCCUCUUCCCCCUUGGUUCACAGAGGAGGAUCUCACAAACUAUGGAGCUUUGUAUGAGAAAUCCGGAUUCCGAACUGCAUUGCAAGUUCCGUACAGGGCCUUUAGGGAAGAAUUCAACAUAACAGAUCCAAAAGUUAAAGUUCCGAUGCUGCUAAUCAUGGGUGAAAAGGAUUAUUUCUUCAAAUUCCCGGGGGUGGAGGAGUACAUAAGAAGUGGAAAGGCGAAAACAUAUGUCCCUGAUUUGGAGAUCACAUUCUUGCCUGAAGGAACCCAUUUUGCACAGGAGCAGUUCCCUGAGCAGGUGAAUCAGCUGCUCCUGACCUUCCUCACCAAACAUAUUUGAUCAACAUGGAUAUUGAAUAAAAUAGUUAAAUGUUAAGAAAAAUAAAA